AUUAGCGCUCUCAGUAUUGCUGACACUAGUGGAGCUCAUCCCAUUCUGUCAAAAGUCAAAAGAUUUGAAAACCUUCCCUAAUAUAGACUGGACUAAAAUACCCAUUUACGUUUCCCGAGAACUGUUUCUAAUUACUGCCAAUCUAGUAUUUCAGACAUGUUUGAUUACUGAAAGCCCAUAUUUAGAAAUGUGAGUGGCUGGGAGUUGCUGAAGCACAGAGCUUUAUUCAGCACUUUGUGUGAAAGAUGAGAUGGAACGCAACGUGAGAACAAAUCCCAGUUCCUGAACUGACCAAAUAUUGUUAAAAAAAUUAAAGCUGUACUAUUAUGCUUACUUCCUCUUUCUUGCUGUUGGUUUUGUGUAAAUGUUUUUGUUUUGUUUUCACCCUCGCUAGCAAGCUGCAAGUUUUGGAUAGCUAAAAGCAGAAGAAGGAAGUGUCUUACUGAAUUAACUGAAAGGAACAAGAACUGAGGUAGGACAAAGUUAAAUUUAUAUAUAUAUAAAUAUAUAUUACUUUAGUCUUUUCCUUAAAAGUAGAUCAAGACUAUUCAAAAUAAAAGUCGGAGAAAUUUUAGUUAUCACCUGCUUCUUGCACAAAGUUUUGUAGUUGCUAGAAAAAUUAAGCAUCUACUCGAUUCACGUAUGUUAAAGCUAGUCUAGGGUGUUUUCCUUGAGAAGGGAUAUCCAUGUAAGAUUUUGUAAUUAAAAAUAUUUUGGAAGAUGAAAGAUAAUAAACUAGUGAGAGAGCUGACAAAGUGAAUUUCCUUUGCUUUGUACUAGCAGCCAGCUGCAGAUUUUGUCAACUGUAAUCUUCUGAAGGGUGGAGAUUUUGUUUUGUGUGUAUACGCACAUGUGUGGGAAGAGUGAAUAAAAUGUCAUGCAUGUCUUGACAAAUGUCCAAUUUAAUUCAGUACAAUGUGAAUUACAAAUGAAAUAUAAAUGAGUAAUGUUUUUGUCAUUCUGAUCCUGAAAAGAUACUUAGUAUUCCAGUGAAUGGUGACUUGGUAGGCUGUUUGAUGUUAUUACAUUGGGUUUUCUGACAAUGCAAUGGCUAAUGCAAGUUAUAUAACUUUAAUUAGGCUACGUCUACACUGCGCACCUUACAACUGUGCAGCUGUGCUGAUACAGCCGUGCCGUUGUAAGGUACACAGUGUAGCCGCUCUUUGUUGCCAGGACAGAGCUCUCCCACCGAUGAAGCGCUGUCCACACCAGCCCUUUUUGUUGUUAAAACAUUCAGGGGGGUGGUUUUUUUUCACAUCCCUGAGCGACGACAUAGCCUAAGUACUUGGCAUUACUAUUCUGAUAGUUCUGAGAACUCACACAAGAGCACAUCCUAUUCAGACAAAAUAUUUUUUAGCUAAACACCAGAUCAUCUGUACUUCAUAUUUCAUGUUGAGAAAUUCAUUUAGCAAUGUGUACAUUGUACUUCUGAAAAAUUGAGCUCAUGAUCCUACUUUGUAAGCAGCUCCCAUUGACUUGAGUUGGACUUGUGGGUGCUCUGCACCUCUAAAAAGCAGACCAGAAAACUUUAUAUUUACACAUGUAAUAUGCAUACCACUGUAACAUACCCUAUUCAGGAGUGUUCAUUUCUAUUAAAACAUGGUGUGAAGUUAUUUUCUAUUAAGUUCAGAAGUUUUAAUAUUGAUAGUUAUUUUAUUAGAUGCUUUAAAAUCUACUCACCUACUUGAAUAGGGGCUCGUGAAUGGCUGAAGUCUGGGAAAGAGUUGUUUUAGUUUCUUUGCCUAAUUUGUGUGUGUGGUGAGUGGGAUCUGUCAUUGUUCGGUGUUUUUCUUUAGACUAAUUCUGGUCUCACUAACAUCAGUUUAAAUCAGGAAUAACCACUAAAGCUAGUUGAAAAUAUUUUGGUGACACAUAUUUUCACUAAAAAAAAAAAAAAAAAAGCAAUUUAGAGAACCCUGAAAUUUUGCAAAAUUGUGACUAUUUUACCAAAAUCUUUUGACAGAAAAACUUGGUUUGUUUUUAUUUUAAAUUUAUAGUUUCAUUCAGGGUUUUCCUGUAGCCCGUAACAUGUUGACUGGCUGAGAGUACACUGGUACAGUUUAGCCACUUACCCCUCAUGACUGAGGGUUUGUUCACGGCUGUGUCUGCAAGCAGAGAGAGCAGACUGGUUCUCUUUGCAUCAGUGGCUUUUUGGGAGGGUUCCCCAGCACAGCAGGUUACAGGUACUCUUUUUCUCUGAGCCCUAUACCUGUGGUGGCUCUACUGCUGUAUGAUGGAGUAAUUAUUGAUUGCACGUCACCCGCAGAAAGCCUGGCUGCCUUUCCCUGUCCCCCCUGUUUUGUAAGAUGAAAGAGGGACUGUAUGCAGCAGUUGUCUGUCCCCAGAAAGAGAGAGGAUUUUUUUCUGAUCCUGCUGAGCAGUCUGAGAGUUGUGUUUGUGGAUCUGGGAGAUGUCUGCUUGUAGUUUGCAAAGCCGUGUCUUCCAUGGAGCACUUCAGGGUGUGAAAAAGAAAGCAAUCUUCCAGAAGUGGUUUGCAGCAUGAAGAGCCGCAAGUGGUGGUAGGGGAACCAGAAAACCACACUUUGCCUGAGGCAGACAACUCUGAAGAGGACUAUUUCCAUGGGGCACAGUCAACCACUCCGGGUGCAGGAAGAGGUAGUGAGGAGGAGAAUGGUGCAUCUCCAGUUAGUCCAGCACCACAUGAGGCUAAGCCUCAGCAGCAGGGCACUGGCCAGAGACCAUCAACAUCCUCUGAAACCUUGUUCCACUAUGCUUCUUCUGGAAUGGAUGUGGUCGAUGCUGGUACUCACACUCCCAGGUGGGAGGAAAGUCACUGCCUCCAUCUUUGCCUCCAUAAAAGUUAGUAUGGAAUGUGUGCAUGUGGCAUUUGCAUGGAUCUUAAGGGGGAAUACUGGGAAGAGUUUGGAUCAGUUCUACUAUACCUGUAAGUGAGCCCACAAAUCAAUACUAGAAGUUAUGCUGUUUGCUGGAAUGGCUACCUUUGUGUUUCUAUAACUUAACUCUAGCAUGAGGAUAGGUUAUUGACUUACUUCCCAAGCCCCAGUGUGGAGGGCCAGUGGACCGCUUGUCUGCCCUUUACCCUUUGACUUUCUGGCUUCAGUAAACCUCCUAGGAGCCGAAACUCCCACGGGCAUAGCUCUGUGUUGGUGGAGCACAAAAACCUUCCCAACGUCCGCAGGGAAAGGAGUAAAAGUUAGGGAUGAUAAAAAUUCCCAUUUGUAGUUAUGGAAAACGCUGUCCUAAACAAAACAACAUUUGUUAGGAAAUGAGUAAACAACUCCGGAACAGUGACUUUAGAAUAUCUUUAGGUGCAUAGCAAAGAAGUUCUCGAGGACACCACCACCCAACAUUCAAGGCAGAAGCUGAAGAAUUGCAUAGCAUGAUGGUGCCUCCUAUAACAGGACGUCCGAAGACCUCACACUUGAUUGAGUUAGUUUCAGAGAUGAGCCAAACUGGCAGCUUCAACAACAUGUCAGACUCGGACAAUGACACUGUCGAUGACUUCAAGUAUGCUGUUUAUCCCACAAUGUAUCUCACAAUAUUUGCCUUGGGUGCCUUUGGAAAUGGCCUUUCCGUAUAUGUUUUCCUGAAGCUUUACAGGAAAAAGAUUUCAGUGAAUGUUUUCAUGCUGAACUUGGCUAUUUCAGACCUCCUGUUUGUUUGGACUUUACCCUUCCGGGCCACCUACUACCUGAUGAACUCUGUUUGGGUAUUUGGGAAUAUAUUUUGCAGGAUUGUGUCUUUCAGCUUGUAUGUCAAUAUGUACUGCAGCAUUUAUUUUCUAACUGCGCUGAGCAUUGUUCGUUUUGUGGCUAUUGUUCAUCCUUUCAAACAUUUGAAACUAACCACCGUCAAGUAUCCUAGAAUCAUAUGUGUGGUGAUAUGGGGUUUUGUGAUGACAGCUAGCAGCGUGCUGCUGUUCAGUGGAAACACCAGCGAGGAGUACCCAGAAAGGUGCCUAGAUCUCCAAAGAGAAAGCAUUCAGAAACUGCUCACGAUGAACUAUGUUGUCCUGGUAGUGGGCUUCAUCCUCCCGUUUUGCACAAUAAUUUGCUGCUAUGUGCUUGUGAUCAAAACUUUGCUUAAGCCCAAGGCUCCAGAAGCAAAGAUAAGAGCCUCUCAUAAGAAGGCAGUGUCAACGACCGUCAUCACUUUAUUCAUGUUUCUGCUUUGUUUCCUGCCAUAUCACAUACUAAGAACUGUCUACUUGGUGAAAAGCGAUAAGGACAACUCGAGCGAGUUGCUGACUAAAGGAGCGGUCAUCGCUCAUUGCCUCGCUGCAGUGAAUAGUUGCCUAGAUCCUGUACUCUAUUACUUUGCUGCAGAAAACUUCAAAGAGAGACUCAAAAGUAUAUAUAAAAGGUAGCGGAUGAAGAAUCAAAUGGACAUUCCUUAUUGGGAGUAUUUUCUCGUGAUCAAACCCCAGGACGGGAGGUGGAAAGAUCAUGGGUCUUUUAAUCUAUGCCACUGACUUGCCAUGUGACCUGGGGUGAAUUACGUAACUCUGUGCCUCUAUUUCCCUAUCUGUAAAGUGGGGCUAUUCAGAGAGAAUAGUAUCUCAGAACACCUUGUGAAUUUUCUUUACAAACGGUUGUAAAGGGGUCCAAGAUCCCACCCUGAGAUCAUGCCUAUUUCUCUUCCACCUAGUAAAAACCAGCCAAACAGAGGCUUUUGUCCUUAAAAAGCCCUCUACUCCAGAGGACUUCAUUUAUUGGUAACACAAACUGACAAAAUAAACCUUUAAUUUUGGGAAACA